AUGUCCGCUGCCGAAGAGCUAGAAGCCGGAGGCGCACCGACGAAUUUCGACGCGAUGGUUAAAGAUAUGGUGCGGCUUGCGCUGUCGAGCGAGUAUGCGCGCGUUCCUAUUCGUCGAGCAGACAUCAGCAAUAAGGUUCUUGGGGAGCGAGGAUCGAAACAAUUCAAGGUUGUUUUUGAGCAGGCGCAACGCGAGUUGAAGAGGAGAUUUGGGAUGGAAAUGGUGGAGUUACCUGCUCGGGAGAAAUUGACUAUCACACAGCGACGAGCCGCUCAAAAAACGGAAAAGCCAUCCACAUCCAGCAAAUCCUGGGUCCUCUCAACUACCCUCCCACAAGCUUAUCGAAUUCCCUCGAUCCUAUCCCCAGCAAAAGCCCCCUCAUCCAAAGCCGAAAGCACAUACACAGCUCUAUACUCCUUCGCCAUAGCCGUUAUCUCUCUUAACGGCGGCUCCCUCGCAGAACAAAAACUGGAACGCUAUCUCGCCCGCAUGAACGUGGAUACCCAAACACCUCUCGGGAAAACAGACAAAUUUCUCCAAAGAGUCUGCAAGGAGGGCUAUCUAGUUCGAACCCGAGAAGUAGAUGGUGGCGAGGAAAUAAUCGAGUACACGGUUGGCCCGCGGGGGAAGGUGGAGGUUGGUUCGGGAAGUGUUGCGGGAUUGGUUAGAGAGGUUUAUGGAUUUGGGCAGGAGAUUGGGGAUUCGGAUUUGGAGGAUGAUGGGGAGGGUGGGAUUAGACCUACGCAGGUUGAGCAGAGUGUAAAGAAGGACUUUGAGAUGAGGUUGAGGAGGACUUUGGGGAUGCAGCCGUUGAGGGAUAGGAGGGCGGCUGAUGCUAAUGGGGUUGAUGCUGGUGCUGGUGCUGGUGCUGAUGAGAAUGAGGGGCGGAGGAGGUCUUCGCGGAGACCUGCUGCUCAGUCUGAGUCGGAUGAGAGUGAUUGA